AACAAAAAUCACAAAACUUUAAUCAGAAGCUAACGUAUUCAUACCUAUCGGUCUCGGGUCGUGACUUCAACUUGUAUAUAUGAAUUUCGCUUAAGCAUCUCCUGCAAGCAUCUAAAGUAUGGCUAUGAAUACUUGAAAGUUGAGAAUUAAUUUGCUCGAUCACGAACUAAGAAAGAAGCUUAUUUUAAGGAAGACGAAGAAGAAGAGGAAAGGAAGUCGGCUGUGUUUUUCUUUAAGUAAUACUCGCGACAAUCAGCGAGCUACUGAUUACUUAGACGGCGCUCAGUGCGUAACAGACAUAAAAAUUACUUUAUUAACUCUAGAAAACAAAACUUUCUCAUAAAUUUUGACCUAAUGACUAUGGCAGAAGGUACCGACCCCAUGGGGCAUCAUGCAGCAUCCCAUCACCACCAUCACCACCAUCAACACCAUCAACAGCACCACCACUAUCAGCAACCGCAACACCAGCAGCACAAUGAACAACAACAGCAACAUUUGCCUCCGCACGUCUCCGGUCAUCAUUACGCACCUUAUAGUCAUAUGCCAUAUGGCUUGCCGCAUAAUUUGCCAUUGGCCUUGAGUUUGCAACAGCAAGCAGCAGCUGCAGCCGCUGCGGCCGCUGCAGUAGCCGCUCAAAACCAUGAACCGAAUAAUAGCAGUAGUAGUACGCAUAGUAAUGAAAAUUUAAAUGAUCACAAUAGUAAUAGCAACAACAACAAAACUAUUAACAAUAACAAUAACUCUCCUUUACCUUGGAAGCAGCGUAAACGUAAACGUUUAUCGGCUGUUUUAGAUAAAUUACACAACAACAAUAAUAACAACAGUUUGAAUUCCAAUCAUUUAAACAUGGAAGUAGAUGACGAUGGCGACGAUGGCGAUGGUGGCGGUGGUGGCGGUGGUGGCGAAAGGGUUAUCAAAAAAGAAGCGAAUAACAAUUGUAAUGAAGAAGAUGAACAUAAACGGGUAAGCUGUAGUGGAGAUGAGGCAGAUUCAACAGAAAAUAUGUCUAUUGGGGAUAAUGACGGCAGUCCAACUCGCUUGCCUAUUAGUCCUAUAAAUGUUAGCGAAACGACUGCUGCCGAUGUAAAGCUUAUAAAAUCGGAAGAUACCAACCUUUUGUCUGUGGAUAUUAAGACUGAACCCCACUUAAGCAGUAGCAGUAGUAGUCCUUACGAUCGUUAUUUUCCCAUACCGUCACCAUUAUUUGGUUAUUACUUGCAUACCAAGUAUCUAAAUGAAGUGUUUCGUCGUCGCCAAGAUCUCUAUCCAUCGCCCAUGCAACAUACUCCUUCAUCGAUAGCGUCUUCGCAAUUGGAGGAAAUUUCACCAUCAAGUAGAGAACAUCAACAGCAACAUUUCGAGCAAUUAAAACAGGAACAAGACGAGGAUCAAGGAAAAGAGCACAUGAAAGCCAUGGAGUUUACUCGUACAAGUCUGGUGGCAACAAAGGCACACAGCUCUCCUCCUCCUCCUCCAUCGAUGUCCGUGACCUUACCUUCGCCGCCACGCAGUGAAACAUCAGCGAGCGGUGGCUUGGGACAGAGAUCAUCUCCUGCAACAGCCAGCGGCAUUGAUCCGGCCAUCAUGCCCCCUCCGCAAGAAAGACCAUUAGAUCUCUCAGUGCGCAGUGGCAGCAAUACGCCUACUGGUGAAUUGUUAACAAAAAAGUACAAAUCCCCAUCACCCUUGCCAGCUACAACUAUGAUGCUACCACCCAGCCAACAGCCCAUGUCGUCAGCAGCUAUGUCACCUUGCAGCAAUAGCGGGGCUACCGGAAGCAUAACAACCAGCAAUAAUUUCACAACGAACACGGCAAGUAACGCAGCAACAGUUUCACCUUAUGGGAUGACAACGCAUACGGCUGCGGCAGCGGCCGCAGCUGCAGCUCAUGCCGCUGCUGCUGCUGCGGCAGCGGCGGCUAUGAUUAAACUUGAAAUGCCUAUGCAUCCACUGCAUCCACACGCUGCUACUACGACUGUAGGUGUACCGGUAAUUAAAGGUGACGUAGCUUCCCCCACUACCAAAGAAUCGGUAGCCUGGCGGUAUAAUCUUGAUGUAUCACCAGUGGUUGAAGAAAUGCCACCCGGCUCUGACGUUGCAUAUGUUUGUCCCGUGUGUGGGCAAAUGUUUUCGCUACACGACCGUUUAGCCAAACACAUGGCGUCACGGCACAAGUCACGCAACCCCUCCAAUGACAUAGCCAAAGCCUAUUCAUGCGAGGUGUGCAAUCGCUCGUUUGCUCGUUCUGAUAUGCUAACACGUCACAUGCGACUGCACACCGGCGUCAAACCUUACACGUGCAAAGUUUGCGGUCAAGUAUUCUCUCGAUCUGAUCAUUUAUCUACGCAUCAGCGAACACACACUGGAGAAAAGCCAUAUAAAUGUCCGCAAUGUCCGUAUGCAGCGUGUAGGCGUGAUAUGAUCACACGUCAUAUGCGUACACAUACACGUUACGAAGCUCAACAGCAAAAAGCCCAGGCAGGUAACGGCGGCAACAACUCAUCAGGAUCCAUGACAGAUGGCAAUCGUUCGGCUUUACCUCUUUUGGCCGAUAUGAAAAUGAACAUACCGCUACUGCUGAAAACCGACGACUACACGCGAACUUCCCCUUUAAAUAAUACCAUAGCUGGCCCAUUGCCAAUAGUAGUGAAAACAGAGAGUGCCUAGUUCUCGGUGCCACUCACCUGGUGGCCUUACACGCUGAACUCUCGUUUUAAAGAGAGUUUACACUCUUGGUAUUCGAAAAGAUAUUGAAUGAAUGAACAUGACCUAAAGAAAAUUAAAUUUAACACCAGUUUAACCCGCCCCGCCACAACCCCUACUUACAACAAACUAGUUACGUAGGAUAGUUUAGUUAGUUAAGAUUCUGCAUACGAAGUAGUAAAGGCAACAACCUAAUUUUGAUAAUCUCUCUAGCAAGACUGAGUCUCUAAGCUUAAACACGUACACUAAAACAGUUUUAAUUUCUACAUAGAAGCAUAAAGAAUUAUCUCUCUUUCAAUUAUUAUUAUUAUUAUUAUUAUUAUUAUUAUUAUUAUUAUUAUUAAAAAUUUCAUAAUUAUCACUUAUGUUUUAAGUUUCUAUUGCCGCAAACCCACAAAAAAAGGGGGUACGAGUUUUUAUUUCGUUUCACUUUUUUAUAAAUUUUACUUUAGAGUAUUAAAAGCACAAAAAAUUUAUUAAAAAGAAUUACUAAAGCAUUUGUAGAAUUUAUAAGUUAAAUUUUUUUUUUUAAAUUUAAUUAUAGUUUAUUUCAUUUUUUUAAAAGCAAAAUA